GCCAUAAACCCAAAAGAAACCCUACAUUAAGUGUAAGAAAAGAAAAGUAAUAGACACACACGAGAAUCAAAGAGCCGCAGGAAUAUUAAGACACAAACAUUUGUCUGCUCACCAAACCAAACCCAUCUUCUCCUGAGAGUCUAAAGUUUUUUUUGUCAUCCAACACAAGAAAUUCAUGCAAUAUUCUUCACCCACUUGCUAACUAACGACCUCUAUUUCUAUUAAUUUCUCUUCAUUCUUCCUUUCAAAGAUUAUCAUUCUCUUCUUUUGUUUUAUUUUGUCACAAUGAAUACCAAUUCUUCUUACAAUUUCACCUUCAAUAAUGUUUUAUUCUCUUCUUCUUCCUCCACCAGUGACCCUCUGGUUACACGGAGGUUGUUUCUCUUGAAAAAUGUUCAAGUUCUCGAGCUCUUAAUCGCUCUUUUCGCCUUUGUCGCCAUACAUUCCUUGCGUCAGAAGAAACACUACGGUCUUCCCGUGUGGCCGUUUCUUGGGAUGCUUCCUUCUCUAGCUUUUGCCCUCAAAGGAAACGUAUACGAGUGGCUAUCAGAUGUUCUCUGUCGUCAAAACGGUACGUUUCGUUUCAGAGGCCCCUGGUUAAGCAGCCUCAACAGCACUAUAACUUGCGACCUAAGAAACAUCGAGCAUCUCCUCAAGAACCGUUUCUCUGUCUUCCCUAAAGGCUCUUACUUCCGAGACAACCUUCGAGACCUCCUGGGAGACGGAAUCUUCAACGCCGAUGACGAGACUUGGCAGAGGCAGAGGAAAACCGCAAGCAUCGAGUUUCAUUCAGCCAAGUUCAGACAACUAACCACAAGCUCGUUGUAUGAGCUCGUGCACAAGAGGCUCUUGCCUGCUCUCGAAACUUCGGUUAAAACCUCUUCUCCUAUUGAUCUACAAGACGUGUUGCUGAGGCUAACGUUUGAUAACGUAUGCAUGAUUGCCUUUGGAGUCGAUCCAGGCUGUCUCGGUCCUGAUCAACCGGUUAUACCCUUUGCCAAAGCCUUUGAGGACGCGACAGAAGCUGCAGUUUGUAGAUUCGUCAUGCCUACUUGCGUGUGGAAGCUCAUGAGGUAUCUUAAUAUAGGAACAGAGAAGAUGCUGAAGGAGUCUAUAAAAGGUGUUGAUGAUUUUGCUGAUGAAGUUAUCAGGACGAGGAAGAAAGAACUAUCUCUUGAGGGUGAAACCACAAAGAGAUCGGAUCUGUUAACUGUGUUUAUGGGUCUGAGAGAUGAGAAGGGAGAUUGUUUUUCAGAUAAGUUUCUUCGUGAUAUAUGUGUGAACUUCAUACUUGCUGGGAGAGAUACUUCUUCUGUUGCUCUGAGUUGGUUCUCCUGGUUGCUAGAGAAGAAUCCAGAGGUGGAAGAGAAGAUCAUGUUGGAGAUGUGUAAGAUUUUGAGGCAGAGAGAUGAGGAUGGAAAUGCAGUGAAGAUAGAUUAUGCUCCUGUUUUCAGACCAGAAGAGAUCAAGAAGAUGGAUUAUCUACAAGCUGCUUUGUCUGAAGCUCUUAGAUUAUACCCUUCAGUUCCUGUUGAUCACAAAGAGGUCCAAGAAGAUGAUGUAUUUCCGGAUGGAACAGUAUUGAAGAGAGGAGAGAAAGUUAUAUACGCCAUCUACGCAAUGGGCCGUAUGGAAGCAAUUUGGGGAAAAGACUGUCGUGAGUUUAGGCCAGAGAGGUGGCUAAGAGACGGACGGUUUAUGAGUGAGUCGGCCUAUAAAUUCACUGCUUUCAACGGCGGUCCACGUCUUUGUUUAGGCAAAGAUUUUGCUUAUUAUCAGAUGAAAUCUACCGCUGCUGCAAUAGUUUACCGGUACAAGGUGAAAGUGGUGGAGGGUCACAAAGUGGAACCAAAGCUAGCUCUUACCAUGUACAUGAAACAUGGUUUGGCGGUGAAUUUGAUCAACAGGAGUGACUCCGAGGUUGAUCGGUACUAUGCCAAAUCUAUUGAUGAUUAAGAUGGUGAUCAUAAGAAGAUUGUUACUUAUUUUUGGAUCAUUCGAAGUUUUUCUGCUUUUCUAAAAUUUGGUUAGUCGAUGAUGUGUGUUGUUUAUAAUGGAUUCAUGGGGUUAAUAUGGUUGGUCAUAUUUAAACCUUUUUAUUGUUAGGGAAAACAGUUGGUGCAUGUGGCUUGUAAUAUCAUAAUAAGGUUUACUCCUAUGUAAACUGAAUGACUCUUUCUGUUUCAUUCA